AUGUUGGAUAGACAUAAUCGUCACGUCAAAGCUUUCAGGACGGUACAAGAUAAGUUUGGAAGUCUUGGGGAUACCAGUGGUUUACGGUUAAAACUGGAAUAUGAUAGAACAUCAGAUGGACGUACUACUAAUUUUCCAACUGCAAAAGAAGUUGCUGCGUUGGUACCUAAUGAUUUCGAUGUUGGAAUCGAAACACGAGAUAUAAUUAUUGAAAGUAGGUCUGGAAGAUUGAAGAGAAUCAGUGAAUUGCAUCCUGCUUAUUUGCCUUUACAAUAUCCAUUGUUGUUUCCAUAUGGUGAAGAUGGAUUUAGACUCGGUAUAGAUAUUGGAUAUGUAGAUAAGAAGGGGAAGAAACGUUUGACGAUUACUAUGAGAGAGUUCUUUGCUUUUCGGGUUCAAGAGAGGUUUGGAGAAUCUCCAACAAUUGUAAUGUCCGGAAGAUUGUACCAACAGUUUUUGGUUGACGCGUUCACGAUGAUCGAGACGAAUAGACUUCGCUUCAUAUCAAUGAAUCCACAGAAACUUCGAUCCGAGAUUUUCGAUAAUAUAAAGGAUGCCGCUGAUAAAGGAAAUUCUGAUCUUUCUGAGAAAGGUAGAAGAAUUUUCAUUCCUGCUUCUUUUACUGGUGGUACAAGAGAUAUGCUUCAACAUUAUCUGGACACUAUGGCCACGUGUAAACAUUUUGGAUUUCCAGAUUUGUUCAUCACGUUCACAUGUAAUCCAAAAUGGCCUGAAAUUACUAGGCAUUUACAAAGACAUAAUUUGAAAGCAGAAGAUAGACCAGACCUAUGCGCUCGAGUAUUCAAAAUGAAACUUGAUGAUCUCAUGUACGAGCUAACUAAAAAAAAUGUCUUGGGAGUUGUAAAUGCUGCAAUAUAUACAAUAGAGUUCCAGAAGAGAGGACUUCCUCAUGCUCAUAUCGUUCUUUUUUUGAGGCCCGAAGACAAACUACCAACUGGUGAUGAUAUCGACAAGAUUAUAUGUGCUGAGAUUCCUGAUAAGGAAACUGAUCCUCAUCUAUAUGAAAUUAUUGGUGAUGUGAUGAUGCACGGACCAUGUGGUGCUUUGGAUAGGGAUAGUGUUUGUAUGGCUGAUGGUAGAUGUACCAAAUUUUUUCCAAAGGCAUUUAGUCCUGUUACUAAAGUUGAUGAUGUUGGAUACCCGAUAUACAGGAGACGUGAAGACAAGAGAUUUGUAACGAGGAAAGGAUUCAAUUGUGACAAUGGCUAUGUGGUUCCGUAUAACAGAGAACUUUAUAUUCGAUAUCGAGCUCGUAUUAAUGUGGAAUGGUGUAUACAAUCGCGUUCUGUCAAGUAUCUUUUUAAAUAUAUUCAUAAAAGAGCUGAUUAUGUUCGCGCAGUAGUAGGCAAAGAUGACGAAGAUGAUGAAGUUAAGAAGCAUUUCAACUGUAGGUAUAUAUCACCUGGCGAGUCUAUAUGGAGGAUCGAGGGUUAUGAUACACAUAGUCGUACAGUUUCUGUGACAAAACUCCCGUUUCAUCUGCCGAAUCAGCAUUUAAUUAUAUACAAUGAAGAUGAUCCUGCUGAAGAAGUGGUUAGAACGUGUUACCGUUGGAAAUGGAAACCAAGGAAGAAAGGGAAAACUAUUGGUAGGAUCACCUAUGUUCCUAUGUCUGUAGGAGAGGCUUAUUAUUUGAGGCUCUUGCUCAAUAUAGUUAUAGGUCCAACGUGUUUCGAAGAUAUAAGAACGGUUAAAGGGCAUCAUUAUGAUACAUUCAAAGAAGUUUGUUUUGUCCUUGGGUUACUCGAUGACGACAAAGAAUACAUUGAGGCUAUAAAAGAUGCAAGUUUAUGGGUUAGUACAAUAACUAGGAUUGGUUGUAGUUAUGCUGACUACAAGAAGUGUUUCUAUGCCUUCGAGUGGGAUGCUACUUGGGAUAUUUUAUCCGAAGACGUGUUAUAUACUCAAAGAAAAUUUCAAAAAAAACCAGAUCUUAGGCUGUCUACUGAGCAGGUUAAAAACCUUUGCUUAGCUGAGAUAGAGAUGCUUCUGCGUACUGCUGGAAGUUCUCUUACAGAUUUUUCAUGUAUGCUGUAUCUAGAUGAUUUGGAUAUGACUAUACGCGGUAAUCCUCUUAUUCGUGAUGAAAAAAGUUAUGAUCGAGAUUAUUUGCGAGUUAGACAUGAUGAGUUGUUUGCCACGAUAACUGAUGAACAACGACUUAUCUAUGAUGAGAUUCUAGAAGCUGUUUAUUCAGGCUCUGGCGGAAGGUUUUUUGUUUAUGGUUUUGGUGGUACCGGAAAAACGUAUCUAUGGAGCUUAUUAGGAGCCGCGUUACGUUCAAAAGGUGAUAUUGUUCUUAAUGUUGCAUCAAGUGGAAUUGCUGCUUUGUUAUUGCAAGGAGGUCGAACGGCCCAUUCGAGAUUUGCAAUUCCAAUUGUUGUUAAUCGUUUUACGACGUGUGCAAUCAAAUCUCAAUCAAACCUUGCAGAACUGAUCGAUGCAUCUAAACUGAUAAUAUGGGAUGAAGCAUUAAUGAUGAGUAGAGAUUGUUACGAGACAUUGGAUAGAACCUUGAAAGAUAUAUUAAAAUGUGACAAGCCUUUUGGUGGUAAAGUUAUCGUUUUUGGUGGAGAUUUCAGGCAAAUUUUGCUUGUUAUUCCAAACGCAGGCAAAACAGAGAUUCUUAUGGCUACUCCCUUUGGUUUGGAUGUAAAGUGUUGA